AUGGAGGACGACUGGGGCACCGAGUACCAUGUCCACGUAGACGCGCUCGCUCCGACGUCGCCGUCGCUCAAGGCCAAGGGUGCGCCCCGCGUCGACUCGAUCUGGGCGCCCAAGUCGAUCGCAAUUCCGCUCAACUACAUUUGCAUUGGCAUCCUCAUCACGUUCCCGAAUGCGUACAUCGAGUACUUUCCACGGCAGCUGCAGGCGUCAGACGCGCAGCUGAGCACGAUCAGCGUCGUGCGCAACCUCCCAUGGAUGUUCAAGGUGCUCUACGGCGUCCUCGCCGACGUCUACCCGAUUCGCGGCUUGCGCUUCAAGCCCUACAUGGUGCUCGGGUACCUCAUCGCAUCGCUCUUCCAUGGCAUCCUCGCGCUCUGCACAGCGUCGCUCUCGGUCGUCUCGUUCACGCUCCUCCUCUUUGGCGCAAUGCUCGGGCUCAUCAUGACGGACGUCAUGGCCGACGCGCUCCUGACGUCGCGGGCGAUGCACGAACUGCCGUCGCAGCGCGGGCAGGUCCAAUCCACCAUCUACAUGAUCCGCUUUCUUACUGAGAUGGUCGGGUACUGGGCCGGUAGCAUUUUGAGCAACCUCGAGACGUGGGGGUGGGGCCUCAGCAUGUCGGGGUGCUUUGGCCUUCUCGCGCUCCUUCCGUUCGUCCUAGCGAUUCCCUCCAUCUACGUGCUCGAUGAGCCGGUCGUGGCGCAGGUGCUCACGGUCCCCGAGCAGCUCCAGGGCAUCUGGAAGAUGCUGCAGCUUCGCGCGACGUGGCAGCCGCUCUCGUUCCUUGUCUUGUACCACACGCUGCACACAUAUAACGCAGCGUGGGGCAACUACCUCACGGUGGCCUACAACUUUAACGCAUUUCAGUACGGCUCGAUGGCUGCGAUCGGGUCGUCCGUGGGCUUUGCCGGGGUCUACAUGUACCGCCGCUUCCUCCUCUCCGGUGGCCACUGGCGCUUUGUCUACGCCUUUGCGAGCGUCGUCAUUGCGUGCUUCUCGGUAUGCAACCUCCUCCUCGUCUUCCGCAUCAACGAAUUCAUGGGCAUCCCGCCCUACUGGUUCGCGCUCGGCGACACGGCCGUGCAAAAGUUUGCGGUCGGCCUCCAGUACCUUCCCUCGGCCAUCAUGUUUGUCCGCGUCUGCCCCGAGGGCCAAGAGGCGGUCGCGUUCGCUCUUCUCACGGGCUUCUCCAACAUGUCGGGCGGGUUUGCGAGCACGAUUUCGAACGCGCUCCUCGGGCUCUGGCCCGUCCAGCUCGAGGACAUGGCGGGCGGCCACUACGACGGGAUCUGGAAGCUCACGCUCCUCACGAGCCUCAUCCGCCUCGGUGCGCUGCCUUUCAUCCCGUGGCUUGUGCCCAAUUCCGUCGAGGAGCUCGAUGCGUGGAAGAGCCCGCACAUGACGUCGCGCAAGGCCGGCGCGGCCAUCGUUGCUGUGUACCUUCUCGGCUUUGCGUGGGUGAUCGCCACGAGCCUCCUGGCUAUCGUCGCGCCGUGCCAUCGGCUCGUCGGCGGCGCCGGGUGCCCAUAA